AUGCCACUUCGUUCCAUGUCAUUCGCAACUGUUAAGCGAGACUCAACGCAUGCUCGUUGUAUGAUCUCCCUCCACCCACCCCACCAGUUUCGCGAGCUUCUGAUCUUGUGCAACCAGCACUGCGGGCAGAAGAACUUCAUACCUUCGCACUGGACAGUGGCACGCGACUCGGUGGCGUUUUCAGCAGCCACUCUGCAUGCAGCCGAGGCGAAGCUACAGGGGAAGGAGGGGGAGUUGGGAUGCAAGGUGUCGUACACUAUUGACAUCUGGACUGCGCCCAAUGGGAAAGUUUGGUUAGUUGUGACAGGUCACUGGAUCGACGAGUCGUUUCAGCUACGCGAGGCAGUGCUCGAGUUUCGCGAGCUGCCGGGUCAUCAUGGCGCAGCACAGAUCGCGCAGAUCGUGGAGGACACGAUGGUGAUGUGGGGGUUGGAGGGGCGUUGUCUGGGCCUCACCACAGACAACGCCUCAGCCAACAUUGCCGCGUACAGACGGCUGUCGGAGGAGGGUGGUGGUCGGGCUUUCUUCAACUCCCGCCUGCACUUCAGGUGUGUGUCACAUGUGGUCAACUUGGCAGCGCAGGCAGGACUGAAGGUGGAGGCCGUUCGCGCCUUGUUGAAGGUGCUCAGAGACAUGGCGUCCUGGGUUGGGUAUAGGAUGGGGAGGGGACAUGGGAUUAGUGGCGGAUGUGGCUGGAAUGUGUGCGGCAUGUGUGUGGCAUGUGUGCGGCAUGUGUGCGGCAUGUGUGUGCCAUGUGUAUGCCAUGGCCUGUCGAAGGCGGACAAGGAGAAGGUGGAGAAGAUGCGCCUGUCAGAUGAGCAGUGGGGGAUGUUAAGGGAGCUGAAGAAUUUUCUCAGCCCCUUCAACAAGGUCUCCAAGGCAGCCGAGGGGACGGCGUACCCGACACUGUCGAUGGUGGUGCCGUACUACAACGGCCUCAUCGACGCCAUGGAGGCCAGACUGGCAAAGGGACCCUCGGCGCUGCUGAAGCUUCUAGUCGAAAAGGCGCUGAAAAUCCUGAAGAAGUACGCGUACAUCAGCAGCAACGAGGACUGGAUCGCCACCUUCCUGGAUCCUUCCAUGAAGGCGGCGUGGUUCGACGACCCCCACUGGGAGACGCAGCAUUCAGAGACGGAGCGCAGGGAUAGGCCGCGCCCACCGUCAAGCGUGGUGAUCGCGUUGUUACGAAAUCGGGUGGCCGAGUACCAGGCAGCAGCGAGGGAGCUGGCUCCUAGGCCCACGGCACUUCCCACGGUUGUAGAGGAGGAUGAGGGAGAGAGGGGGGGGGAGGAAGACGACGACCUGUACCUCCCUAGUCGCCGACGCCUUGCGGCGCGUCUGUCUGCGAGCCAGGCGGCGAGGGGGGGUGGUCUUGUGCAGGAUGAUGAGAGGAUCGGUGAGGGCCGCCGCACGAAAGGGGUCGCAGCUCUGGAGAUCGCUAUUGAGGGCGAGGGCGCGGAGGAGGAGGAGGAGGAGGAGGAGGAGGAGGAGGAGGAGGAGGAGGAGGAGGAGGAGGAGGAGGAGGAGGAGGAGGAAGAGGAGGAGGAGGAGGAGGAUGAGGAGGAGGAGGAGGAGGAGGAGGAGGAGGAGGAGGAGGAGGAGGAGGAGGAGGAGGAGGAGGAGGAGGUGGAGGGGGAGGCGGCGGAGGAGGUGGAGGGGGAGGCGGCGGAGGGGAGAGGGGCGGACGCAGUAGCGGGAGGUGGCGAGGAUGGUGGCAUUGGAGGCGGGACUGGGACUGGGCUGUAG